AGGAAAAGAGGCUGGACAUCUCAGAGAGGAUUCAGCAGAACUAGAGUUUCAACUCUUGUUUUUUUUUUAAUUGUUUUUUUUUAUAUAUAUAUAAAGCGAGGGAAUCAUGUGUUUGGCGAGGCAUAGCAUCGGUCACCCCGGAGCGCAGAGUGGAAAGUUCCCCGGCCCAACGCAGCCGCCGGUUUUCACUUUCGAGCCCUUCCCGGAGCGGCUCUGCAAACUCCGACCUCUGAAGAAGCGACCACGCCGAGUGCUCUACCCGCCGCAGCAGGUUAGGAAGUCAGUUCCUAAAAAGAAGGAUGUGACCAAGAGGCUGCUCCUAUUCUUCCUCUCCAUCGUCCUCUUCCAAGUGUACACUGCGACUGAAGACGAGCUGAGCCUUCCAACUCCGGACCUGAGUGCUUCAGUGCAAGUCUCAGUUCCGAUCCCGCCCCCUUCCUGCUCUCCAGACUCUGGCGUGCUGUCUGUCAUGUACCUCCCCGCAUUCGCAGGGGCUGAAUCUAACUACACCCAGCAGUAACUUGCAAAAGGACACUUGCUCGUGACGACAGGUGUCCUCUUCUGCAGGAUCGAAACUCUGCAAUGACUGGUUUUCUAGGGACAUGUUUGUAAUUAUAUACACCAGAUGGUUAUGCCAUGUUGAUGGAAUUGUUUAAAAACUGACCCCUGUUUCACCCUUGUCGAUACGUUGUGUGGUUGGGAGCUGUUCCACCUCCAGAUCACAGGACCUUGAAAGCAUCUGUAGGCCCAUUGGGACUGACACCUGAACCCAGAAGUGGAUGUAGGUUGCAUUCUCAUUAGUCUUAAGGAGUUCAGUGCUUUAAAAUCAUCUAAUCCUGUUGCUGAUGUUACUGCCAUGAAUAAUUCAUUUGUUUCUCAUCCAUUGCAACUUUUAUUUAUUGUUUGAACUAUAUCUAUUUAUUGCAUUCAUUUAUUUGAGUUUUAUAUAUAUUUGUAUAUAACAUGUCUUACCUUGUACUGCAAGGCUCACCUUCACUUGAUGACUACCUUGAUGAUCUCAACAGUUGGUUGGGGAGAGAAAACUAACUUUGUACCAAAGAUUCUGACUGUAGAUGGAUCAACCACACAUGUCCAUACAUGUUUGAUGUUUCUGUUUGAUGGUAUGUUCUAUGAACAAUAUGACUCA